AUGGAGUUCCAACGUUCGAAAGUUGGGGUACUUUGGUCAUUUAUUCUCUUCCCCGCAAUCCUUCUCUCGUCCAUCAACUCAUGCUCAUCCUCGGUAAUUUCAUUGAGAAAUGAGACCGAUCGACUAGCAUUGCUUGCAUUCAAAGAUGGUAUUUCUGAAGAUCCUCUCGCAAUCUUGAGCUCAUGGAAUGAUUCUCUUCAUUUCUGCGAAUGGGAGGGAGUCACCUGCAGUCUCCGCCAUCAUCAAAGGGUCACCAUCUUGAACCUCAGGGGCCACCGCUUGGUGGCCCACUUAUCACCUCAUGUAGGCAACCUAUCCUUCCUGAAAAGUAUCGAUCUCUCCACCAACAAUCUCAAAGGCCAAGUCCCACAUGAAAUCGGCCGUUUAUUCCGGUUGCAGCAUCUCGAUCUGUCCGUAAAUUCACUCCAUGGAGAAAUCCCAGCCAACCUGACUCAUUGCUCGGAACUUCGAAACAUUAGCCUCAUGUACAACCAGCUUGUUGGAAAACUUCCUGCUGACCUUGGCUCCUUGUCUAAGCUAAUCGAGAUUGUUGUCUCCCACAACAAUCUCACAGAAACUAUCCCACCUUCCAUUGGGAACCUUUCUUCUCUUGCUGUCCUUCGUCUGAACUAUAAUCUCUUCCAUGGACCGAUUCCAGAGGAAAUUGGUCAAUUGGCAAGUUUGGUAGAUUUUCGUAUCGGCUUCAAUCAAUUAUCAACUAUGGUUACACCGCCACUUUAUAAUCUCUCAUCGGUACAAAUGUUCGACGUAACAAAUAAUCAGCUAUAUGGGAGCAUUAGGCGCGACCUAGGCCUUGUGUUUCCCGACCUGCGGGAGAUUUAUGUGGGUGGAAACCAAUUAAUUGGAUCCAUUCCAUUUUCGUUAUCAAAUGCAUCAAAUCUCAAAAUAGUUGAUUUCGGCUAUAAUAAUUUUAGUGGACCUGUGCCUUCGAAUCUAGGAAAUCUACGGCGCCUCUCUUUUUUCAAUAUUGCUAAGAAUAAGCUUGGAAGUAUGGGAGGUGAUGAUUUGAGCUUCCUCACUUCGCUAUCCAACUGUACUCAUCUGGAAUCAAUAGGUGCAGGCAGGAAUAAUCUCGUAGGUGUGUUGCCUGACUCUAUUGCUAAUUUCUCGUCGCAAUUUAGAAGAUUCUUCUUAGGAGGGAACAGGAUAUAUGGAUCCAUUCCAAAGGUAAUUGAGAAUCUCGUCAACUUGAUUGCUCUUUCUUUGGAUGAUAACUCCUUGAAGGGCACUCUUCCAGAGGGCAUCGGGAAGCUUAACAAGUUGCAAGCAUUGUAUCUGGGUGGAAACAAACUUUCGGCGAAAAUUCCAUCUUCAAUAGGUAACAUCACUCAAUUGAGCCGACUCCUGCUGAAUAUAAAUGAUUUCCAUGGAAAUAUACCAUCAAGCUUCAGGAACUUGAGAUUCAUGGAACUCCUGUACCUUUCGGCAAAUAACCUCACGGGUAGGGUAAUUACACAAAACGGUGCGAAUUUUAUCAACUUGUCUCGUAAUUCAUUCACUGGAUCCUUGGUAAUGGAAGUUGCAAACUUGGAAAAUAUUGGGGGAUUGGACGUCUCAGAGAACAAACUAUCAGGUGAAAUUCCAGAAACAUUGGGAAACUGUAAAAGCUUGGAAAUCCUCCAUAUGAAUGGUAAUUUGCUUCAAGGAACCAUUCCACAGUCUUUCAGUGCUCUAAAAGGUUUAGAGUAUAUGGAUCUCUCACACAAUAACUUAUCUGGGCAGAUUCCAAAAUACUUUGAGAAUUUUACCUUUUUACAGUAUUUGGAUUUGUCUUUCAAUAAUUUUGAGGGAGAAGUGCCAAAAGGGGGGGUGUUUAAAAAUGCUGAAGCUAUUUCAGUUUUUGGAAACAAUGGACUCUGUGGAGGCAUCCCCGAACUAAACUUGCCACCAUGCCACAAGCAAGCUCCGAAGAAACGAGAAACAUCUCCUUCUCAUAGAGUAACACUCAUUAUUAUUACUGCAGUUUCAUCGUCAAUUUUAUUAGCAUGCAUUGUUGCUGCUCUUUGUUGGAUGAGAAGCUCGGGAAAGAAACCUUCUUCUGCCUCUUCCACAGAGAAUCAGUGGUUACAAAUUUCUUAUGCGAAUCUCCUUCAAGCAACAGAUGGGUUCUCUUCAGCUAAUUUAAUUGGUGUGGGAAGUUUUGGUUCUGUAUACAAAGGAAUUCUAGAAGGCUUUGAAACACUUGUUGCAGUGAAGGUACUCAACCUCCUACAACAAGGAGCUUUUAAGAGUUUUGCAGCUGAAUGUGAAGCAUUAAGAAACAUUCGACAUCGAAAUCUUGUCAAGAUCUUAACGGUUUGCUCGAGCAUUGAUUUUAAUGGCAAUGAUUUCAAAGCUCUAGUGUUUGAGUACAUGCCAAAUGGUAGUCUGGAGAAGUGGUUGCAUCCAAAUGUGGAUGAACAACCUCAAUUGAGGAAUUUGAAUCUUACACAAAGGCUAAAUAUAGCCAUUGAUGUGGCUUCGGCAUUAGAUUAUCUUCAUCAUCAUCACCAAACACCAAUUGUUCAUCGGGACCUAAAACCAAGCAAUGUUCUUCUUGAUGAUGACAUGGUUGCCCAUGUGGGUGACUUUGGUUUAGCAAGGUUCCUCUCUGAAGCUGCAGAAAGUUGCUCUCAAAAUCAGACCAGCACAUCUGGGAUUAAGGGAUCUAUUGGGUAUAUUCCUCCAGAGCAUGGGAUGGGCGGCAAGGCGUCCACACAUGGAGAUGUAUACAGUUAUGGGAUCCUUCUACUCGAGAUGAUCACUGGAAAGCGACCUACUGAUGACAUGUUUAAGGACAAUCAGAGCCUUCAUCACUUUGCAAAGUCGGCUUUUCCUGAACAAGUAAUGGAGAUUAUAGAUCCUAGACUUCUCUCAGAAUAUUCUGAAGCUAUUCAAGACGGUGAAAAUCAUAACAAUUUGAGAGAUAGAAUGCAUGGUUGCUUGGUUUCAUUGGUCAGCGUUGGUGUAUCAUGUUCUGCAGAAUCGCCAAAGGAACGAAUGAAGAUGAAAAACGUUGUCAUCGAAAUGCAUGAAAUAAGAGACUUAUAUCUGGAUGUUGGGAUUCACCGACAGAGACAAAAUAGGCCCCUCUUGUUAGGUGAGGGUUCAUCUUACCACAAUAACUACUAAGAUUAGAUUAGUAGUUACAUUGAAGAAGAUUCCGAUAUAUAAUAGAACUGUUUGACAUUUUUCUCAAGAAGCUCUAGAUAUAUAUUGUUCUAGUGUUGAAUCUAGGGGAAGAUUUUCUUUUUUCUUUUUUCCUUUCCUUUGUUUAAUCUUGUUUUAAACAGAGACUUUGUUGCAGAUACAAUUAUUAGAAUGGGUAAAUAAAAGGGCCAAGG